CCAUUGAAUAGGAAAACCAUAUACUAAAUGAAUAGGACGAACCGCGACUCAACAGUAUAUGCUUAUAGCCGUUUAUACGUGCAAAAGUAGUCUGUACUGUUUAUUUUCUGUAAAAGAGUUUUAAGAUUCCUGCUUUGCUGAUGGAAUACAAUGAAUAGAUCUACGAGUCCUCAUCUAUUGGAAACAUGGAAUGAACUCUUCAGGAGACGUUUGUAACAUCAUAACCAAACUUAUUGGCACCUUUACAGAGGAAAGUGAGCUCCAAUGAUAUCGCGGGUAUUAGAGGAAUACUACACACCCGGGUGCCUAUAGUGCUUUGAACUCGUGUAUUAUUAACUAACAAGCAUUUUCGUCGUGUUUCUAGACCCUGUUGGGAUUCUUAGCCAGUUCUGUCGUUUUCUGGACAUGAUUUAACCUACGAAUUGGUUACUGUGACCGCCGUUGCACCCCCUCUCUCUCUCUUUCUCUCUCUCCCCACCAGAAAACACAUGAUGAGGUGUGUUUACAUUGCCAUGUUAAUGAGUAUGCUUGUCACAAGCAGUGUUCAGGAUCAUGGUCGUCAGGUAUCUAACUGUGUUUGGCUGUAUGACGAUGGUAGUGUUUUAGAUUUGACUGUGGCUGGCAAAACUGAUGGAACAGAAAGAUGGAACGACGAGCCGGCACUAAACACAGAUCAGGAUUCGAAUCUUUAUACCAUCAAUCCCUGCUUUGGAUUCUCAAUACCAGACACUGUUUGUCAGGAUGUAACGGUCUGCCGUAAAAAUCGAGAGGACAUCUCUGUAAACAUUGCUGCUGCUAGCUCGAGUCAGAUGUACUACAGUGAGUCUGAUAAAGGGGUCAUAUUGGAAUAUAAUCACACCGAUCCGAACGAUCCGGGGUCAACGUACAUCAGUCGCUUCCUAGCGGCUUGCAAUGGAGAAGUUGAAAGUCAAAUCGUGGUAAAAGGCAUCGUUUCGCCGACAGCUAAUCCCGUCGUACACAGCUUCCUCCUGCUAUUACCAUGUGCCCCGCCUGUUGUACCUAUAUCAUCCACUGGUCCGCCAAUCGUGUCACCUCAUCCAAUCAAAACCAUAGGCUCGACCACGCCUCCGGGCACCGUGACACUACAUCCAAUCAAAACACAGAGCACGCCGGUUACCCACGUGACGAUCAGACCUCCCCCAAGCCCCACGCACCACAUGUCUGCGGGUGGUGUAAUUUGUCUUAUAUUUGUUUGCUUCGUUUGCGGCUAUUUCCUGAUUGGUUCAUUCUAUAUGUUCUGCUGCAGUGGGGCAAGGGGAAUUGAAAUCAUUCCAAAUAUACACUUCUGGCUGGAUCUACCCAAUCUAAUUAUGGAUGGAUUUUUCUUCCUCUUCGGCUGCUGCGGGAAUACUCAAAUGGUGACGUCACCGUCCUCAGGCACCGACUACGACAAAAUCUGAUGAUAUCCAUAUACCCUCCCCCUACCACCCCCCCCUACUGCGUUAGGUUCUGCAAUGUUGAUUAACAAAAUAAUACACAGUAAAGGAUAUUUAGCACGUUGUUAAGUCCGUCACUUUAACACCAAGUUUGAACUUUUUUUAAACAUUAAAGGGGAAUCCAGCCAUACAUAGGUCAUAAUGUUGUGUUGGAAAGAAGAAAAAUAAAUAAAACAGAAUGGUAACAGUUUGAAAGAAAUCGGACAAGCAAUAAGAAACUUAUGGCUGCUUCACCAUGUUUACAGGGGCAAGGACAAUUAACUUUCCCAUAUGCCAUGUACUUAAUUAUCAAGGAUUUGUGGUUUUAUCCCAAGUACCAAAUCUCCUGGGCAUGUAUGUUUUAUGUGCUCAUGAAGGAAAAUUGCAACAUUAAUUUUGAAGUAAAACUUUUUUUAAAAAAUGACCUUUUAGCCAUUUUAUGUAUUGGAGUACAUGAAAGGGUAAGCAUUGCCUUAAUCAGUUGCUAUGACAUCGCGGCCAUUUUGAAGUCUCCAUCGUGGGUAUAGUAAUUACCAAUUUUUACAAAUUUUAAACAUUCAAAACUUUCAUAUUGUUUGUCCGAUAUUGUUCAAACUUUCACCUAUCCUUUUGUCUGAUUUUUCUUUUCCAUUAAAAAAGUUUUUAUUUGGGCUGGAUUCUCCUUUGAAAAAUAGUGGUUGGAGUGACGGACUGAAACAUUGUGCUUGAAAUUUUAAACAGCGUUUCUACCAACGAACGUAGAGGGCAGCAACACACAAGCUUGUGUGUUGCUGCCCUCUACGUUCGUUGGUUUCUACAUUAUGAUUAAAAAAUGUCAUUUGAUCUCAUCAUUCAGCUUCAGUCUAGUAGACCUCGAUCUAACCUGUUAUAUUUUUUAUAUUUUACUUUGCUCAGUAUUUUGCUCAUUCAAGUUUAUAUUUAAUUGUUUUUUAAUUUGCGUGUUUAUAGAGUGUUUAAGGGAUUCGGCAACAAAUAUACAUAAUUUAAAAGUCUGAUGGGAUCUUUAUAAUGUUAGGUAUUAAUCUCUAAACAUUUAAGUAGAGACAAAUGCAAAACUUCACUCAUUAAGAUUAGGAAUCAAAAUUACUGAUUAGAGAGCCUUAAUUCAUUUUCGUCAAAUGUUUUGACUUUUCAGAGUAUUGCCACAAUAUUGCGAAAUAAAACUCUUAGAAGUUCAGAGUGUAUAGCCAUAUAUUCGUAGGAAGGGAAAGUGUUUGAAUUAUUACAACUCAUGAUAUUAUGCUUUACAGGUUUAGCCAGAAGGAUAAAGGGAUAGAAUAGUUUUAAAAUGACAAUUUCUUUCUUGAUAUUAAACACCUGUUAGAGAUUUUUUUCUAAAUUUAACUGUAUACAUAUAUUCAGGUCUAUUGUGUGGAAGUGCCGAAUAAAUUGAUACUGUUGUUUCGCAUCACUUUAUUGUGCGAAAAGCAAUAAAGGAACAGUG